CGAAACUUACAAAGACUCUGUUAUUGCAUGAGACUUGUGAGCUUAAACUAGAGAAACAGUGUGCAAGAGAGAGAGAGAGAGAGAGAGAUGUCGAGGAUAACUGUAGGGAACGAAUCACUUGUUGGGUCUUUGACUCCAUCCAACAAGAAAUCUUACAAAGUGACCAAUAGGAUUCAAGAAGGGAAGAAGCCUCUGUAUGCUGUUGUUUUUAACUUCCUUGAUUCUCGUUUCUUCAAUGUCUUCGUCACUGCUGGUGGAAACAGGAUUACUCUCUACAAUUGUCUUGAAGAUGGAGCCAUAUCUGCAUUGCAGUCCUAUGCUGAUGAAGAUAAGGAGGAGUCGUUUUACACUGUAAGCUGGGCGUGUGGCGUUAAGAACAACCCAUUUGUUGCGGCUGGAGGAGUGAAAGGCAUAAUCAGAGUCAUUGACGUCAACAAUGAAAAGAUUCAUAAGAGCCUUGUGGGCCACGGGGAUUCAGUGAACGAAAUCAGGACACAGCCGUUGAAACCACAACUUGUGAUUACUGCUAGCAAGGAUGAAUCUGUUAGAUUGUGGAAUGUUGAAACUGGGAUAUGUAUUCUGAUAUUUGCUGGAGCCGGAGGUCAUCGAUAUGAAGUUCUAAGUGUGGACUUUCAUCCCACUGAGAUUUUCCGUUUUGCUAGUUGUGGCAUGGACACCACUAUUAAGAUAUGGUCCAUGAAAGAGUUUUGGACAUAUGUUGAAAAGUCAUACACAUGGACGGAUGAUCCGUCCAAAUUCCCAACAAAAUUUGUACAAUUCCCUGUAUUUACUGCGUCAGUUCAUACAAACUAUGUAGAUUGUAACCGUUGGUUUGGUGAUUUUAUUCUUUCAAAGAGUGUGGACAAUGAGAUUUUGUUGUGGGAGCCACAACUGAAAGAGAACUCUCCUGGAGAGGGUACUUCAGAUGUUCUACAAAGAUACCCGGUUCCAAUGUCUGAUAUUUGGUUUAUCAAGUUCUCUUACGACUUCCAUCUCAGUUCUCUUGCAAUAGGGAACCAGGAAGGAAAGAUUUUUGUCUGGGAUUUAAAAAGUUGCCCUCCUGUUUUGGUUACAAAGUUGUCACACAAUCAAUCCAAAUGUGUGAUCAGGCAAACCGCUAUGUCCGUUGAUGGAAGCACAAUUCUUGCUGCCUGCGAGGACGGGACUAUAUGGCGUUGGGACGUGAUUACCAAGUAGCAAACUGAGUCUUCUAGGAACUGAUGGAUUAUGAGUCUGGAAGAAGAAGAUGCAUGUUGUUUUGUUGUAACUCAUAUAUAUAUCAUAUUACAAUUUGGGAAAGUUUAUUGCUAUUCAUUCCCUGAACCUUAAGAUGCUAUUUAUAGCCUCAAUAACUUCACUUUUGUGUCUUUAAAACCUUUAUUGAGAUAUAUAUCAUAAUCUUCUGUUCAAUACACAAUGCUGUAUCCAGCAGCUUUAUUGCAAGAACCACUCUCUUUCAUAAGCCUUCUAGUCUUCAAAGCAUUGUCCCAAUCUCCAGUAUCUGCAUACACACUUGCCAAAUUAAUAUAAUUGACCGGUUUCUUUGGUUCCAUACUCAGAAGCUGCGCAGCUGCUACUUCGCUGAGUUGCAUGUUCCCAUGCCUCCUGCAUGCAUCAAGAAAAGCUCCCCAUGCUGAUGAGCUAAGAUUUGUAGUGAUGCCAUUUUUACUUCUUAUCAGUUCAUAAGCUUCUUCCAAGUUGCCACCGCGUGCAAGCAUGUCUACGAUGCAAGAUAAGUGCUCUUCUCGAGCUUUGAUACCGUACUUGUUAAUCAUUGCGUUGAAAACCUUCCAGCCAAGUUCGGUUUCCCCUGUAUGGCUACAAGCUGAGAGGAGAGCAAGAAACGUGACGUCAUUCGGUUUGGUUCCUUCAUGCUGCAUUCUGUUAUAAAGAUCAAUUGCUUUCUUUACAUUCCCAUGUCUUCCAUAUCCUGAAAUCAACGAGGUCCAUGAUCUCACAUCUUUCUCUUUCAUCUCUUCGAAAGCAAGAACUGCAUCCUCAAUCUCCC